UAAAACUUCUAAAAAAGUGUGGCUGUGAGCAAGGCUGCCUUUGCUAAAACGGAAAGAUUGGACAAGAAAGAAGGAACUAUUUUACUGAUUUAUUCAUGAUUAGAAAAAUGCCUCCGCCGAGGUGAUGUUAGCAGCGUCAGUAAAUAUUCGACAUUGAAACAGAGAAGCAGAGAGAGAGACAGACAGAGCGAGGGAAGGUGGGGGUCAGAGAGGGGGAAGAGGAUAAGAGAAGGAGUGGGGGAGACAGACAGAGAGAGUGGAGACGGGGCGACCAAGGCAUCGAGAGGACGGGUGAUCACCGGCUCCGCAUCGGCUCCUCUGACCCUGGAUUUUAACUGCAAUCGAGAGUGACAUUGAACGGCAAAACCAUGAAAGACUUAGUAUCCUAUGAGCACAACAAUGAAGCCCAUAAACUAUUGAAACAGAUAAAUCAAUACUUAGAACAAGAAUCCAAAUUCUUACCAAGGGCAAGUGGACUCCAUGUAAUGGAAGCAACCUUGGAGAAUGAUGAUUGUGUCUCCCCAAAGUUAAGAGAUGCCAAAGUGGAAGAUCUCCGGAGUUUGACUAGAUUCUUCGGCUGUAGUACUGAAACUUUCGUUUUAGCAGUUAACCUACUGGACAGAUUUUUGUCAUUGAUGAAGGUACGACCAAAGUAUCUACCUUGUCUAGGAAUAAGUGUCUUCCAUCUAGCAGCAAAGACCAUUGAGGAAGAUUGCAAUAUCCCUCCUGCCCAUGACCUCCUCCGAAUCAGCCACUGCAAGUUUACAGUGUCCGAUCUCAAGCGGAUGGAAAAAAUUGUCUAUGAAAAACUAAAUGGGGAAUUUAAGGCUGUCACUGCCUUGCAUUUUUUACACCUGUAUCAUGCCCUGGCACACUGCCAUGUAACUGAAAGGAAAGAAUUUCUGAUCCUUGACAGACUGGAAGCACAACUGAAAGCCUGCAACUGCCGAUUUGUGUUUACCAGAGCUAAACCAUCUGUAUUGGCCUUGUCCCUUCUGACCCUUGAAGUUGAAAACCUGAAAUCUGGCGACUUGUUUGAAAUUAUACUACGCAUUCAAAAACAUUCCAAAAUUACCCAUUGUGACUUAGCGUACUGGCGUGAAUUGGUAUCAAAAUGCCUGGCUGACUACUCUUCACCUGAAUGCUGCAAACCUGAUAACAAGAAGCUAGUGUGGAUUGUUUCAAGACGUACAGCUCGUCAUUUGCAGAGUAGUUACUACAGUGUUCCUGAACUACCAACUAUUCCAGAAGCUGGUUGCUUCAGUGAAAGUGAGGAUUCCUGUGAAGAAAUGAGCUGUUGUGAAGAUGGCCUGAGCAGCUCCCCACAGAGUGACGCAGAAGGAGAAUUUUUUCCUCGAGACCUCUUGCAUCAACCCAAGUGGCAAAAUUUCUGUUUUCAAACUCAAUCCCCAUUUUAGACCUGUAACUCGCCUUUUUGCAUGUCCUUGUGCUUCUAACUGGCCCACAUUGAGGUCAUUUUAAAAAAUCAAAUCUCUUGAGUUAAUUUAUAAGCUAAAGGGGCAUUGCAUUGUAAUAUAGUGUUUUGAAACUUCCACUGUUGUUUAAGUAUAUCAGUCUGGAGGCAUUGGUCCCCCAUCCCCACAUAAUUAUAAUUUGGCAUUAUUCUUACUAGCACCUUCAUAUUGUGUCAAGAGAAAAUUUGCUUUGGAUUAAAUACUUGCCGCAACUUUCUAUUUGCCACAGCUAGUUUUAUUAGCAUUGAUUUUGAUUGCAAGAUAUGGUAACAUAAGUAUCACGGCAUUAUUUGAGAGAUGAAAAUCUGUAUUUGGAUGUUCUAUGAUUCAAAAACUGAAAAAAUUUACUUAAAUUCCUUCAACACAUUCAAACAAAGUUUGUGAUUGACCAGAUGAAUUGCAGAGUCUUCUCUAAUAUACCAUUAUCGGACUUAUCAAAUUCAGGUGGUUGGGGUAAAAGCAAAAUACUGCGGAUGCUGGAAAUCUGAAACAAAAAUAGAAAAUGCUGGAAAAACUCAGCAGUCUCUGCUCUGAAGAAGGGUCACAUGGACUCAAAACAUUAACUCUGUUUCUCUCUUCACAUGUGCUGCUAGACCUGCUGAGUUUUUCCAGAAUUUUCUGCCAUUUGUUUCAGGUGGUUGAGGGAUGCUCUGUACUUCCUCUGUAAAACACAGCAAUUAUUGUAAGGCUAGAUAGCUUACUUCGCACUAUGCUUUUUAUUAAGCUUGUUUUGACUGCACAUUGCUAAAAGUGGAGCAUUUGCAUGUUAUCCAUAUCCAUUGGCAGAAAUAUAAGGAUAAAUUCAAUGUUGCUGCACUCGAAAGAAGCACGAAUUAGAGAAUUGGUACUUUAAGUAUGGGCUCCCUUGGCUCGAAGUGCAGAGUCAAUAAAUUGACUCUUUAAUGUCAGUUUUUCUUGUUGGACUUUUAAAAAUUCUUUUAAAAACUUAUUUGCCCUCAAUUGAUCAGGGCUAAUGUUAAAAUUAUAUUCCAGAGAUUUGUCAACACAGCUCUUUUGCGUGAUUGCAAAUAACCUUGUCUUUUUAUCAAAGAUUGCUGAUAUUUCAAGUCUGGCUUCCAAUAAUGUCUGGAAAUUAAAUCUUUUAAUAUUCAUGCUUCUGGUUGUAAAAUGUCAAUAUUAAAUGUUUGUGGGGGCAGUGGGUGAAGUUAUUUAUAAAAUGAGGGAGAGGUAGAAGUGGAUGUCAUUUUUGGAAAAAUUGCAGAGUAUGUCCAUUUUAUCUACUAUAAAAGGGUGGCAUUGUUUUUGUUUUAAAUGCAGAGCUGGAAAGCCCUGUAAAUUUAUCUUUUGCUCCAAAAAUUGAAUUAUCCAAUAAUUUAAAUUAAGUUCAAUUGAUUAUCACGGGAGGGUUUUGUUUUUGUUGUUCCACAGUUUCAAUUUCAAUGAACAGAUCACUUAAAUGAUUUCAAAUUUAUAGGGGUAGACUGUAAACCUUAAUUGUUGGAAUUCCUCAUGUAGCAUUGUCAGUUGUCAAUGUUAAAAUAUGUCACCUUUUCUCACCAAUUAUGCUUUCCUGCCCAUCAACAAUUCCCUCACUCUCGGUCUCUUCCUUCCCCCCCCCCCCUCCCCCACCCACUCCACUUUUCACAAGCUGUGUGUUAGUGACAGAUGUGAUGGCGUUCUCACGUCUAUCAGCAAUUUUUCAUGUCUCACUCCAGCUGAUUGGAGAGUGUCCAAAUCAGUUAGGUUAGGCAUACAUUUUGGUCAUGUAAAAGAGCUUUCCUUUUUAAAAAAAAAAAGAAAAAAGUGCCAACUGGAGGAAGUGUACUUUUAAAAUUUGCCAAUAUUACAGGUUUUUGUGAUAGUACUCUGUCAAAACCGCUGUGCUCUUAUCUUUUAGCAGCAAUUACCUCAAACAGGAGCCUUUGGUAAAGUAAUUUGUUUUUGUACAACCUUUUGGUGGUUCAAGUGCCAACCAUAUAUUUUUGAUGAGGACUUUACUGUGUGAUUAGUGAUGUCCUAGUUGUUAUGAUUGAUCAAUGAAUGUGCUUGCUCCUAAUUUAAUACUUUUUUGGGUAUGAAGUAAAAGUUGUUUCCUAUAGCCUCUGUGCAAUGUAGGUGUAUGGAGGAGAAGUCCUAGUUUACAAAAAAAAUGUAUAGUAAUAGUGUAACUUAAAUGUACAGAUAAAAGUGCACUUACUUUUUUUCCUAUUCAGGUAUGAAAGCAACAAACGCACUUAUAUGAAAAGGUAUUAUGUAGCAUUGUCUGGUUCUUUGACAUGGUGUACAAAUUCUAUGUAGAUAUUAACUUAUUGUAUAUUUCCAGUUUAUACAAAUUGCAUAACAUAUCAACCUGACAAACUUCUACCAUUAAAGAGGUUGAGUAAAUGAA